AUGAACGCUCUCAGCGGCAUGCUCGGCGUCGACCUGCGCGGCCAGGUCGCCCGCGCCGUCGAUCGCGAUCCGCUCUUUGACAACAGCAAGGUGUCGCUGAGCCCUAGCGGCAAGGUCCCCUACACGCCGCAAAACACCUACGCCGACCCCGACGGCGACCGCGACAGCUACCGGCAGAACACCAAGUCGCUGACCCACAUGCAAAAGCACGUCGUCUACUUUGACGGCGACUGCGACGGCGUCAUCUGGCCGCACGACACCUACCUUGGCUUCUACCGCCUGGGCUACGGCUUCCUGCUCUCGCUGCUGGCCGUCUUUGUUAUCCACUCGUCGUUUUCCUACCCCACGCUGCCGCACACGGGGCGCCGUCUCGUCGACUGGCUGCCCGACCCUUUCUUCCGCGUCUGGAUCGCCAACAUCCAGCGCUGCAAGCAUGGAUCCGACACCGAGUCGUACGACCGCCGCGGCCACUUCCAGCCGCAAAAGUACGAGGCCAUCCUCGAGGACUACUCGAGCAAGCACAGCAAGGACUCGCUCUGCUUCACCGAUGCCAUGGUGAUGCUCUCGGAGCGCCGCAACCUCAUGGACUUUUUCGGCAUCUUUGCCUUUAUGUUUGAGUGGGUCGCCACCUACCUGCUCCUCUGGCCCAAGGACGGCUACAUGGACAAGGAAGACAUGCUCGGGGUCCUCGAUGGGUCCAUCUUCCCGGUCAUCGCUCACCGCCGCAGGCAGGGAAAAAAGGUCGGCGCAUUCGCUAGCGAAUAA